AUGCACCGAAUGAGGCAGAGGACAAUAUUUCCACCCAAAAUUAGCUUUCAGAGACAAUGCUCUCUGGGUGGAGUUUGUCACAGAGCUGCGUGUUUGUCAGCCCGUCGCUCCUUUCUUCCGACCACCAUGUCGAAUAAAGUCGUGCCCAACAUCUACCGCGCUGUCAUUGACGACGUGAUAAACGCGCUCAAACCUGAGUUCGAGGAUUAUGGGGUAGACGAUAGCAUUCUCGAGUUGCUCCAGCACAAAUGGGAGUCCAAAAUGAUCGCAUCCCGCGUUGCCGACUUCUCGAAUGCGACCGAAGGCCUCACUGCUACAAGUCAAAAGCCACAGCAACCGCAAAUUCCGGUGCUUGCUGCCCCUCAUUAUCCGACCUACAUUCCUCCCAAUGCUGCGUCUCAAGGACGUGUUCAGACCCAGCCAAUCAAGCCAGAACCUCUUGACGCUCGGUUCGGUACCCCUCAGUACCAGCUCCCGCCUCUCCCGGGUCCGACUCUUCCUUCUCAUCUCGCAUUUCCUUCAGCAAUACCACAUCUCCAACACCCCGUCGGUCAUCCCGUCCAAGGUCAACAAAUGUAUCGCAUCAAUCAAGUCGACGGUCCCAGUGCCUCUUCUGACGAAGAAGACUACGAUGAAGAAGUUCCAAUAGGGCCUCCGAGACCGGCACAUCCCUCUGUUUCCGUGCCGGCUCCGUCAAAGAGUAAUAUCAGCGAGGAGGUCGACCCAGAAGCCAUCACAAGUGAUCUGGAUGACUCAGACACGGAGAACGAAGAGGACAAGGAGGACGCCAACGCCGUUGUGACGGAUGUGGUGUUUUGUACCUAUGACAAGGUUGCAAGGGUAAAAAACAAGUGGAAAUGUGUCUUGAAAGACGGCAUGAUUCACACUGGUGGAAAAGACUUUUUGUUUGCCAGGUGCACUGGAGAGUUUGAGUGGUAG